GCCCCCCGGGGAAGAUGGCGGCGCUGAGGGCGCUGCGGUGGCGGCGGCGCCUCCCGGGGCUGGGCCCGAGGCGGCUCCGGGGCACGGCGGCCGAGUCCCCCGAGGAGCGGCCGCAGUUCCCGGGCGCCUCGGCCGCCUUCGCCGAGCGCCUCGAGUUCAUCCAGCCGCAGGUGCUGGCCGGGAUCCCGGUGACACGGGUCAUGGACCAGCAGGGACACGUGCUGCAGCCCAGCGAGGACCCCCAGCUGCCCAAGGAGCAGGUGCUGAAGCUCUACCGGACGAUGACGCUGCUCAACACCAUGGACCGGAUCCUGUACGAGUCCCAGCGCCAGGGCCGGAUCUCGUUCUACAUGACCAACUACGGCGAGGAGGGCACGCACGUGGGCAGCGCCGCCGCGCUCGACGCCGCCGACCUCGUCUUCGGGCAGUACCGUGAGGCAGGUGUGCUGCUGUACCGCGGCUACCCGCUGGAGCUGUUCAUGGCGCAGUGCUACGGCAACGCCCGCGACCCCGGCAAGGGCCGCCAGAUGCCGGUGCACUACGGCUCCGAGCGCCACUUCGUCACCAUCUUCCCGCUGGCCACGCAGAUCCCGCAAGCCGUGGGCGCCGCUUACGCCAUCAAGCGCGCGGACGCCAGCCGGGCCGUGGUCUGCUACUUCGGGGAGGGGGCGGCGAGCGAGGGCGACGCUCACGCCGGCUUCAACUUCGCCGCCACGCUGGAGUGCCCCAUCGUCUUCUUCUGCCGCAACAACGGCUACGCCAUCUCCACGCCCACGUCCGAGCAGUACCGCGGCGACGGCAUCGCGGCGCGGGGCCCCGGCUACGGGCUGCUGUCGAUCCGCGUGGACGGCAACGACGUCUUCGCCGUGUACAACGCCACGCGCGAGGCGCGGCGCCGCGCCGUGGCCGAGAACCAGCCCUUCCUCAUCGAGGCCAUGACCUACCGGAUCGGGCACCACAGCACGAGCGACGACAGCUCUGCGUACCGCUCGGUGGACGAGGUGAAUUACUGGGACAAGCAGGACCACCCCAUCUCCCGCCUGCGGCUCUACCUGGAGCGCCGCUCCUGGUGGGACGAGCGGCAGGAGCGCGACUGGAGGAAGAGCUCCCGCAAAAUGGUCCGGCGUGUCGAGCAGGCGGAGCGGGAGCCGAAGCCGCCGCCUCGCCUCCUCUUCUCCGACGUUUACCGGGAGAUGCCCCCGCGGCUGCGGCGGCAGCGGGAGGAGCUGGAGCGGCACCUGGAGAGCUACGGGGAGCACUACCCGCUCCAGCAGUUCCAGAAGUGA